AUGGAUUUUGGAUUGCCGAACGGUUUUGUUUGCUUGCGGAAUCGAAUGCCAUUCAAAGUCAACGUCAAUUUUUCCAUACGUCAAUCGAUGUGGGCGGAAGAGCGUUCACGAUGGCACACAACCUUGGCGCGGAUUUUAGAUUAUCCAACAUUUUUGAUCACGUGUGGAAAGGCAACAUCAAGUAAGUCCCUUCUUGUUCUCUUGUAUAUCCGUAACACUCACGACAUUACGUUUUUCCAUACGCCAAUCGAUACGGACUGA